UCUAAAAAGCGGUGAUUGUGUGUCCCCAUCAGUAUCGGGUUCGGAUCCUCCUUUCUCGAUAUUCACUAUUUUCGAUCAUUCACUUUUACGGUUUCAAAUUCUUAUUCAUAAAAAAAGAAAAGAAAAGAAAAGAGGUUGAUGGCGGAACACGGCGAUGAAAUAGAGACGAGUAACGACUCUUCCUUUGUUGAGAAGAUUCACCGUGAUGACACGUCAUCUUCAUCGGAUUCUGAUUCCGAGAAGAAGCAAGUGAAGUAUGAUGAUGAUGAUGUCAAGAAGCAUCACGAUGCUCCGGCAGCUCCCUCACCGGUGAAAUCGAAGAGUAACCGGUUGUUUGGUCGGCAGAAACCGGUUCAUCAGGUUCUUGGCGGUGGAAAACCUGCUGAUGUGUUUUUGUGGAGGAACAAGAAGAUAUCUGCCAGUGUCCUCGGUGGAGCAACUGUGAUGUGGGUGUUAUUUGAAUUGCUCGAGUACCAUCUGCUUACUUUGGUUUGCCAUGUUUUGAUAUUUGUGUUUGCAGUUCUGUUCAUGUGGUCCAAUGUUUCUAAGCUCAUCAACAAGUCUCCUCCACGCAUUCCUGAAGUUAAAAUUCCAGAAGACACGAUUCUUCAGGCUGCUGGUGCGAUAAGGAAUGAAAUCAACUAUUCUUUUGCCGUCCUAAAGGAUAUUGCAUCUGGAAAAGAUCUGAAGAAGUUCCUUGCUGUUGUAGUUGGAUUGUGGGUUCUCUCUAUUGUUGGAAGUUGGUGCAAUUUCUUGACAUUGUUCUACAUAACUUUUGUGCUCCUACAUACAGUCCCUGUUCUGUACGAAAAGUAUGAGGACGAGGUUGAUGCAUUCGCAGGGAAAGCAAUGAUCGAGUUUAAGAAACAAUAUGCAGUGUUCGAUGACAAGGUUCUGAGUAAAAUUCCCAAGGGACCGUUGAAGAACAAGAAGAAUGCUUGAGAGGAAGGGCAACUCUCUUUCAUUCAAGGAUGGAUUUGUUGUUUUAGUCGUCGUUUUAGUUUGGUCGAGGUUAGGCUCCUCUGCCCAGUUCAGAUACUUGGAAUGGUCGUAAUUCGCUUAGCUUUAUUCCAUGAAAAGAUACUAUAGUGCUUUUAUUCAAUAAUUUAGAUGCUUUAGUGGGCUGUACAUAUACAAAAUUUCAAAUGAUGCAUUACAUGCUUGUGUGUUUAUGGAAAUUAUGUGCUUAACUUGUAUGAUAAA